AUGUCUAAAACGCCAGUACUGUCAGGUGCAGUCACGAGCGAAUCAACAAUAGCAUCUUCAAUCGGAACUUUGAUUUUAUCCAAAGGUGGAAAUGCAGUAGAUGCUAUAAUAGCUACUGUAUUAGCUAUAAAUACUCUAUGUCCUUAUCAUUCUGAUAUAGGUGGAGGCGGUUUCGCUAUCAUACGAACUGAAAAAGGGGAUUAUAAAAGUUUGAAUUUCAGACAUAAAGCUCCAGCAGCCGUAGACUCUGAGUUUUACCGAGAUCCACAUGUAUCGACCAUGAUAGGUGGGGCAGCAGUAGCUGUCCCAGGAGAAGUCAAAGGAUUAGAAGAACUUCACAACAAAUAUGGAAGAUUGUCUUGGGAUGUACUGUUUGAACCAUCUAUCGAUUUGGCUGAAGAUGGCUUUGAGGUCACACAGGAGCUCCAUAAUUUCAUAACGGCAUCUUGUAGCCCACCCGGAUCAACUAGCCAAUCUACAUCAUGGAUGGCCUCCGAUCCUGAAUAUUCUUCUCUUUUCAAAGAAGGUCAAGUCAUUUCUUUAGGAUCGAUAUGGAAACGGCCAGAAUAUGCAUCUACCCUACGGAAAAUAGCUAAAGAAGGAUCUAAAGCUUUUCACGAAGGUGACAUUGCGGAAAGUAUAAUUGAGGUCAUUCAAGAAAGAGGUGGCUUGAUGACUUUAGAUGACCUAAAAGGUUACCAAGUUGAAUGGAAUCAACCUCUAUCAAUCCAAUACAGAGACUACACACUAUGGGCACCACCUGCACCUGCAUCUGGGGCUAUAUGGUUAUCAGCUAUGGGGAUAUUGAGUCAAUUCGAGCCUGAAAGCGAAGGAAGUGUGGAAGAUCUACAUCGGUUGACAGAAGCUUUGAGACUUGCGUAUGGACAGAGAACAGCUUUAGGUGAUCCAAAUUACGUACCUGGAUUGGAAGAGAAACAACUUUCAUGGCUUACACCUUCCGCUAUCAAAGAAAGAUCAAAAUUGAUCACUGAUAAAACUCAUGCACCGGAUUACUAUAAACCAUCCAAAGUUGAAAUAGUCAACGAUCAUGGGACAUCAAAUAUAACAGUUGCUGAUUCUGAUGGAAUGGUAAUUUCAAUAACUACAACUGUGGGACUAAGUUGGGGAUCACAUAUCAUCGUUCCAAAAUACGGUUUUGUAUUGAAUGAUUCAAUGGAUGAUUUUUCAAUCCAAGGUAGACCAAAUGGUACAGGAUAUGAACCACAACCUGCUAAUUUUGUUUACGGUGGUAAAAGACCUUUAAGUUCAAGUUGUCCGUACAUCAUUGAAAAAUCAAAUGGCACUCCGUAUCUAGCAGGAGGCGCUGCAGGUGGAAGUACGAUUAUUUCAGCAAAUGUACAAAUUGCACGAAAUGUACUAGAUUAUGGAUUAUCCGCAAAAGAAUCAUUAAAAUCGAAUAGAUUACAUAAUCAGAUACUGCCGAAUGUAUCUCUCUUAGAGAGGUCUUCGACCAUUCAAGGAGUAACAAUAGAUGGAUUUAGUCAACAUCAAUGUAAAGGACUGGAAGAGAAAGGCCAUAAGAUUGAAUGGAUAGAAAUGAAUAGAAGUGUUCCGGUUGCUCUAAAAUUCAAUGACGAUGGUUCAUGGGAAGCGGAAGCUGAUCCACGAAGACAUGAUACGGGUGGUAGUGUAUAUACAUCACCAAAGAUAGAGGUGUAG